GAUCAAGUUGUAGAAUUUCAAAGACGCAAAAUUGUUUCACUCAUUCAGCGUCACCCACUGGAUGACAACUCACCUGAGGUGAAAAUCGCCCAGUACACAGUUCGCAUUCGUAACAACCUGCACCGCUUCACAAAAAUUGACAAAUACGAUGCACCACGAAAAAUUGUCCAAGAGACGCUCAAGAACCGUCGGGCAAAGCUGCUGAAAGACCUCUUUUACCAAGACCGGGAUCGGUACGACUACGUCAUCAAGCUGCUAGGGAUCACCCACGAGGUGCCUAAAAUGGGCGUCAAAUACCUAAAACCAACACGAAAGGGAGAGCUACGCCGACUGACAGCCGAGUACUGCGACCGUCUCAAGGAGGAACGCCUCACUGAGUACCACGAGGAGUUGAAGCGCAAGCAGGAAACACUAACUGAAGAGGAGGAAAAGAUUAAGCAGUUGAUAGCCCAGGAGAGCAAGUACCUCGGCACGCAAAAUCCACCCACUGAAAAGUGA